UGCAGAAUAUAAAAACAAACAUGCUAGAGCAUGUGCUAUGCAAGUCAUUGAAAAGGCGUUAAGAAGUGUUCGCCCAAAUGUUAACAGCCACGAAAUAAAAUUGAAGCUACAAGGUCUGAGGACCAACUUCUUCAAUGAACACAAAAAAGUGCAAGCGUCCAAAUGUAGUGGAGCAGGCGAUGAUGCUGUUUACCAUCCCACCUUAUGGUACUACAGUAAACUUCUUUUUCUGUUGGAUCACAAUAUAAUUAGAAAAGCCACGGACACCAUAGAAGAUAUCAGCGGUUCCAGCAGUCCUCAGGAAUAUUAUGAUGAAGAAAAUAAUAUUGAUGAUACAUUAACCGAGACAGUAACAGACGAAGGCGAUCAAGGUGCCCAUAUAAAUACUCCAAAGUUGUCUCAACCACGAGCCGAACCACCAUCGACCAGCUCGAACAAUACCCCGCUUAAGCGUAAAAAGAAAUCGCAUACCGACUCUGCCGAUAAAAUAUUUGAACAAGCCACUGGCAGUUUGAAUGUAAUUUCAAAUGCAUUCACAUCAAUGCAAAAUCAAGUAGUCGUAUCCAAGGGAAAUGAGGAAAUAUUCGGCGAAUUUGUGGUCUCAAAAUUAAAAUGUAUUACAAAUCAAAUCCUAAAAACUAAUGUAGAAGUAGAAAUUAUAAAUGUAUUGUAUAAUGCCUUACAAAAUGAUAAUUAG